AUCGUACCCUGACCUCUCUUAGCGCUGUCCAUUGGUUUAUAGGUCUAUCCUGGUUGGUUGCGGGCGGGUGGUGUGGUGAUUCGUAACGUUCCAGCAGUGAUGCCAUUCCCAUUCCUUGCGACAAAAACAUUUGUUUUUAACACUUACCAUAUAAUAUUAAACACCUGGUUUGUUCUGGCGCAUGCGCAGAAGUAUUGGAACAACAUGUGCAUUGCACCUCUUACCGCGGGAACUAUUAUCAUGCUUCGUCUAUGAGUAUAAGGUCUAUGAAGGUAUAUCUUAAAUCGUGAUGUCAAGUGACAACACAUAUUAUCAGAAUUCGAGACAUUUGAGUACAAAUCGGUAAACAGAUUUACGAUAUUUUGAAUAAAAAGCCUGGGAAAAAGGGUAGAUAUAAGUUCUAACACGAGAGUAACAUGUACAAAAAAUACAUACGUUAGUUCCUAUACGAUAGAAAAAGAUACACAGGUAGGUUCCUACACGGUAAAAAGCAAAUACGUAUUUUAAUUUUAAUUUGUCUUCCAUUACAACAUCAAAUGCAGAACAUACUCAAAAAAAAACACGGAAAAUCAGAGUUAAAAAAACAAAAGAAAAAUAUGGUUCACCUCAUGAUAGCCUAGAUUCAGAACUGAUUUUCAAUCAAAAAUCUAAAUCUCCCACUGGAUUACUUAAAGAUGCUGAUGAUAAUCAAGAUACACAACUGAUUUUCAAUCAAAAAGCUAAAUCUGCCACUGGAUUUACUAAAAGAUGUUGACGAUAGUCUUGGUAACACAUUUAACACAUUGUUUCUUUAAAAAUGUCUUUAAUUAUUUUAUUUUAUAUUCCGGUCUUAUUCUUGCCCAAUAUUCUCCUCUAACUCAUGGCAGACACUCAUCAAGCUCUCCAAAUUAUUUUCAUGCAAUAAAUGAUAACAACUUUGGACCAAGAAUUAGUAAUUACAUUGUUAGUCCUUAUAAAAAUGAUAUAGCUUCAGACAAGGAGGAUAAUGAUGACCAACAUAGUAUAAGUCCUGAGAUGUUUUAUCAAUCACCAGUAUUUAAAAAUCUUCCUUCAUCAACUCAAUGCAACAUUCUCAGUGGUGGAGAAACUGAACAUGAAUCAAAAAUUUUUCAAAACCACCAUGAGACAGAAGUGACUUCAACUAAACACACUGAUCAAAACACUAAAUAUUUUCAAGUACUUUUGCGGAGCCAAGCUAACAUAAUUAGCUAACUUGAUGAACUUCUCGAGAGCAAAGCAACAAUGACAAACCACCAAGAAGAAGACUCAACUUUUUCUUCAAAGUAUAUAAAAUUAUUACUAGCUGCUAACAAAAACCAAUUAAAGGAAUUAGAAAAUGAGUUGAAAAAUAGAAUGUUUUUUGGAAACUUAUGUACUCAAUAUAAAAAUUACGGCGGGCAAGAUUACACAGUACUAUUGAGGAGAAUUUAAGAACACACUAUAACGGAUGAGUUGGGCUGUGAAAUUAAUUUCACUAGAAAAAAAAGAAAAUUGGCUUUGUGAAACUAUACCUGUAUCAAUGUAUUUUAGGCAAGUAAUGUUGGUUAUAAUAUUUAAACUCUAGUUAGCAUUUAUAUAAUGACUAUAAUUUAUUUUUAUAAUUUAAACAAUGUUAUAUAGGGUUAUCCCACAAGGAUUUACUAUUAUUGAUAAGUCAUUUGUGUGUAAACAAUCAAAUUCUGUUUUUUUUUUUUUUAUGUAUUUUAAAUAUAACACUUAUUAAUUUAAAAAAUAUACAUGUAUAUUGUAUAUGUAAAAGUUAAUCCCACAUAAAUAUUUUUGUAAAAAGUUGAAAAGAAUUACUAACUUGAAAUUUGUUUACAAAAAUUAUGUGGGUUUUUUGAAACGUGGGAUUAAUUAGUGCAGCAUAGACAAUUUCACAGAAUUACUAAUAGGAACUCUAUAUAAUUUACAAUAUGUUUUCAGUGAUAUCAGUCACCAGGUACCAUUAACUUUCAAAUCCCUGUUAUUUAAGAGAUAUUUUUGGAGUUGAAAAGUAAAUAAAGUUAAACAUAUUAAUAUUUUAUAAUGAUAUUAAAACAAUUAAAACAAUAUCUUUAAUUUUUAAAUGAUGAGUCAUGCAUUUCUUUACAAAUAUAUCAUGCCUACUGGUUACUAGAAUGAGUAGAAUCUUAUUAGAUUUUAUACCACCAGGUUGCUGUAGAAUUAUUAUAACUUAUAAUUAAAGUCGUAAUAAUAUAUCAUGAGGAUGUGAUUGUAUGUUAUGGUUGUAUUUAACUUGAUAUUUAUACAUAUCAUA